CUCAGUCUAUUGCUGAUAACUAAAGGCAAUUUAUCUGUCUGCUCGUUUUAAUUUGUAGUUUGAGCAAAUGAAUUUAAGAUCAUUCAAUAAAUCUUGUAACGGAUUAUUACUAAGUUCCUUCCAACACAGUGUUUGACUGACAAUAGACAUUAUUCUGCCAGCCAAUGCAUGGGUUCUGAAAACCUUGAAAAUGGUGAUGGCCAGGGAAAUAUUGACUGGAUUUAUUCUGAUGUUUGGAAUCCAAGCAACGAUUGGGAGUUACGCUUCUGAAAACGGUUCGCAUGUUUGUCGACGAAUUACAACUGACCUAGACAUAAAGAAUCUCAUUCUAAAAUACCAACAUACAGCGACACCUUGUGCUUGUUUCGAACAGAAGAUGGCACUUGAUUACAGUUUUCAGAAGAUUGGCAAUUGCUACAAACAAUGGUUUUCUGAAAAUGGAUUGAAACAAAUGUGUUGUUACGAUCAAUACGGCAGUCUUCUAUUUGGACCAAAUAAUGGAGGUUACCUAAUACCUGACAUUUUAGAGCCUGAUAUUGAGGAUAUCCACAAUGCUUGCUGCAAGGAUUCCGACCUAUGUGAAAUGUUUUACAAAAUCUUUCCUUCAAACAAUUGUACUGGCAGCCGUGAUGUUGUACAUGAUUCUUCUACAGAAAAACCGUAUGGUACAUUUGUAUACAACAAAGCCAAAACCACUCGGGACUCAAUUCGUACAAGGGUUUGA